AUGGCGUCCGUUCCAGCUUCCGUGCGGUCAUUUAAUGAAGGUUCGGCUCGGCAGGGAUGUACGGUCAUCGUUCCCUUUCGAGAGGAGAUGGCUAAGCGCCACUUAAAGGAAUACGACUUGAGAAACACCCAGUCUAUCGAAGAGAGCAUUCGUCAUUCGGAUGUGGUGUAUAAUCUAAUUGGCCGGAACUAUCCGACAAAGUAUCGCCUCGCUCAAUCAUCUCCCGCCUCGACGAACGAAAGAAAGGACACUAACGGCCCCUUUAGAAAUUUUACACUUGAAGACGUGCAUGUCGAAGGGACGGAACGCAUUGUGGAGACGGCCGCGAAAUACAACGUAGACCGCUAUAUUCAUGUCUCUUCAUACAAUGCCGAGCCCGUAUCUACGUCUGAGUUCUACGCAACCAAGGGCCGCGGAGAGGAAGUGGCACGGCCUGUCCAUGUUAUUGAUAUUGGCCAUGCUCUCGAGCUCAUGCUUUACGACGAUAGCACCGCGGCUCAGACGUUCGAACUCUACGGCCCGAAAGAAUACUCAACAGAAGAGAUUGCGGCUUUAGUUGACAGGGAAAUAUUCAAGCAGCGUCGCCACAUCAAUAUUCCGAAGAAGAUUCUUAAACCACUCGCCGGGCUCCUCAACAGCGUCACUUGGUGGCCAUAUCUCUCGGCGGAUGAGGUCGAACGCGAGUUCAUUGACCAAAAGGUUGACCCAGCUGCGAGAACAUUCGAAGAUUUGGGCAUCAAGCCCGGUAAUAUCAGUGACUUCACUUAUCACUACCUGAACAUUCGUAUACUCUCCGCCGUCAACAAAAUGGCAGACUUACGCCUAGAUGGCGAUGAUGACCCGAUGGUCCUUUCAGACCACGCGCUAGCUGCCCUUGCGGAAUUCCAUUCUGAACAGGACGCUCAAUAUACAAGCGAGACGGCGGAGUUGCUGGCUGGUGAGCUGCUUGCUGGCACGUCUGCCAACAUGAAUAUUGCAUUUGUGUCCACGCCAAGCGUUUUUGUUGCGGCCAAAAAUAUCCUUGCUAAAAGGCCUCUCGAGAAACGGCCCAUUCUCCAUCUCCUGGAGUUUGAUGAAAGAUUCAGGGUGUUUCCAGAAUUCGUCUACUAUGACUAUAGGCGCCCUUUUAGACUACCUGUCACCCUGAAGGGCACCGCAGAUCGAGUCAUAUGUGAUCCUCCAUUUCUCAAUGAAGACUGCCACACCAAAGGUUUGUUCAAGAAAAUCCGCGAGAAGAUGGGCGAUAUGUCAUAA